GUUCCCAUGGGGUCUACAGGAAGAAACGAGACCUAGCCACUGUAAGUUGUUGAUUGGUCAGGUUGCCUGACGCAACGGCAUGUGACGCAAAACGAACACUCCUCAUUGGCUGGACAGAUGGAUAAGAGGACGUAGGUGCGUGUAGUAAAGUCACUACCCGGAACUUGGAUUUGGAAGCAAACGUCUCUGUUGGAAGUACUGAAGCCUGCUUCUGUUCAAGUACUCUACUUUCAAAAAGAUGUUCACAGACAAUGCUAUUGAGGUUGUGCCAUCUUCACGGCUUGGACACACUUCUGAGCAUGGCAUGGUCUGCUACUGGACGACACACAAUGUGCGAUUGCAUGUUGUGAAGUGCCGAGCACCAAAUACAACUUGGGCCAAACAUCCCGUUAAGAAAACCUGGUACGAAACAGAUUCAUACGCCAAAGCUGAACAGAAGUGUUUGCAAUUGAUGGAGUCCUCAAGUGUUGAGACAGAGGAUGAUGUGAACACUUUUGCAAUAAGGCAGCGUAAGUGCCCAAGGAAGUUUGUCUCCGAAUCCUCUGAUGAUGAUUCUGCUCCAGUGGUAGCAGCAACCAAGAAGCAACCCAAGACUCUGACUGUGCCUGGAAGCCCUGUGUGUCAGCAGGACCCAAUGCCCCUACCACCACAAUGUAAGUGGUCAACACCAGCCGGGACUGGAGCCAGUCCUCACCACCCUAGCCCAAGUCCUGUUGACCCUGUUCAAGCCAGCAGCCGGGCGCUUCAUGACGGACAGGGUGUCUCGGCUAUUGCAGCCAUGUUUGAGAGAAUCACAGAAGCCCACAUGAGUCGCUUGAUGCGGAGGCUCGAGGCUAGGUUUGACAGGACCGAGGCUAGGUUUGACAAGAUCGAGUCACUGGUGGAGACCAACGCCCCGACACACACGCCUCAACUCCAGCAAGAAGAUGUGGUGUUGGCUAAACAAUGCAGCAUGGUGAUGGAGCUGCUGGAGUUGGAUAGGAGUCUGGAACAACCAGACAAGAGGAACAAGAUGCAACAUUUUCUUGAAACUGUCGGAGGGGCAGGUUUAGGGGCAGCCAUUCACCGUAUGCUACGCUGAGCGGCAAAUAAUGAGGUACUCGCCCAGUACAGCUUGCGGGGCAGACGGGCCAAAAUGUCCUUUGAUGACCUCAUUCUGUGCAAGAUUAUAAAGGCUGCAUGUGUCAAAAAAUUUCCCGGCCAUAUGGAAGCUGAAGUGGAGGAAUGCCUUGGGCAGACUCUAAAAUUUGCACCACACAGACGAUCAGCUGGUCAGCAGCAACGGAUGGACAAUUGAAUUGUGAACAGUGAUUUUUAUUCUAUUUUUUUGUGAAGUGAUUUUUUUUUAUUCUAUUUUGUUUGUUAUUGAAUGCACAGUUACACUUUAAAAAACUGUUAUUUCUAUUUUAUUCUGUUUUGAAUGUGUUUUAUUGAAUGCACCGUUUCAGAAACUUUUCUAUUUUAUUCUGUUUUGUAUAUAUGAUUGUUUUAUUGAAUGCA